CCGAGUGAAAACGGUUCAAUACGGUUCAAUUUCUGAUUUCAAUUCCUCCCUUCUCUAGGCGUCAUGGCCGACGACCAACAACGUUCAAAGACACUACCAAGAUCAACAAACGUUAGGUCAAGAACGAGUCCACCACCAAACGAGCACGACCCAAGACCACCAACAAAGAGAGCGAGAAAAGCUAUCAAUUGUGAGCCAUGUAGAAAUUCAAAACUCAAGUGUGAUAGAAAUCGACCAUGCUCAAGUUGUGUUUUAAGAGGCACUAUCGCAUUAUGCUACCAGGAUGCUCGUGGUCAUGAAUCUGACUUGAAUUUGCGUUCAGAUGACCAAAACGCUUCAAGAGUAGAUCCAAUGCAAGAAAUAACUCGUCUAAAACACAGCGUAUCACUACUCGAAACUUUCAUCAUCGCAAACCACAGAAAUCUCCCUUUCAAACGUCCACUAGACCCAACCCCUUCAGGUCCACCAAGUCCACUCAAGAAAGAGCCUCAAGAUUCUGACUCGGUCGACCCAGACAAUGCACCCGGUAUGCUCGGCUCCCAGGGACAUGGAGGUUUCUACGCUGGUACUACCUCAGUCGUCACUCACCUCACAAUGAACGAAUCGAGAUCCUCAGACGACACAAUGGACAGACAUCCCUCACAAGAAGGUCUCGUCACAGACGAAAUCGCUGCUUCAACUCACGAAUACGACAGAGAUCUCCUCGAAGUUCUCCCAGCACUCGAAACAAUCGACGCUCUCAUCAUCUACUAUUUCGAAUACUGCAAUUGGAUAUACCGCCAUGUAAACCAACCAGCAUUCACCUCCGCAUGGUCUCGUUUCAAGAGUGGCUCCUCUCCAGAUAGAGUCGUCCUCGCGACUGUCUGCAUGAUCAUGGCCAUCGCAGUCCAUUACUUGCCAAAUCGCGACCCCCUCAUCGCACACCUCGCAGAUAACCACGAGGAACUCGGCGGUCGCUUCUACGGCGUCAUGCGCACAGCACUCGAUCGACAUCGUGCAGAGUGCAGAACAUACACCCUCGAACUCGUCGAGUGUCUCCUCAUUCGCUGUCAUUACCUCACCCUCAGCAAAACAGAUAGCGAGGAAAUUUGGGCAGUUCGCGGAGAAUUAGUCAGCAUGGGCCUCGCAAUGGGACUACACCGCGACCCAACCAGGUGGAGAAUGAACAAGGAACUCGCAGAGAGAAAGCGUUGGGCAUGGUGGCACAUCAUACUACUCGAACGAUGGCAAGCCUUCAUGUUUGGUCGUCCCCUUGCCGUAGCUUCCCACAACUUUGACACCCAAUUUCCCUCCAUCUCCCCAAUCACUCCCACAAACCCACCACAACCACGCGUCUACGCACCAAAUCUCGCACUCUUCCGCCUCGCUUACAUUCUAGGCGACAUCAUGGACACCGCUGUCUCUCUGCGCGCCGUCCCAUACGAAACAAUCAUGGCACACGAUAAAGCUCUCGCCAAUUGGAUGGACAGCUUGCCCCAGGAGCUCGAUCUGGACGAAUUCAGAAUCGCACGCGCCCUCGCAAGCCCAGACACCGUCACGAGAAGACUAGGCGUACAAAGCGUCAUCAUCCGAACAAGCUACUACCACAUCCGCUUCACCCUCCACAGACCAUACGCCUCCGCAUCCAUCUCACCCUCCCUCUUCCCCCGCGACAAAGACAAACACGACAAGGCCGACAAAGAACCAAAAGACACCGCCAAAUCCGAACGCCAAGCAAACAGCCUCGAUAUAGCAGUAGGCAGCGCCGACAAACUCAUCACCCUCGUCGAUCACGCCCGCCCAGACUUUCUCGCAAACGCCAGCCUAGCAGUACCAGGCCACAUGUCCUGGGGCCCCUUCCACGUAUUCAGCGCAGCCAUGUUCUUCUCCUUCCAACUCAUCUCAAACCCAAACCAACCAGGCGCAGGCCUCUUCCGCGCAAACAUCAAGAAAGCGCUCGGCACUCUCGAAUUAAGCCGCGGACAAGCAGUCGCAGACCGCGCACUCGAUAUCCUAGGCGCCCUCCAACCCCUCUACGAAAUCGGAUUCGCAGAUAUGGAAGCAAGCGAGCGCGAAGCCGUCAAAGGACGCGUCCUAGGGCUCGUCAAAACCCUCGCAUUCCCAUAUCACGACCAAGCACGUUCAUCACGAGGUGGGACAGGCGAUAGCCCACACAACUACUCGGGCGGCAGUCCGAGCGGAUACCUUGGCAGCCCAGGGGGCGGGUACGCAGCUGGGAGUCCUAAUAAUAGCGUGGCGGCUUUUGGCGGAAGCCCGAAUGCGAGCGCGAGAAGGGGCAGCGUAGAUUACCCACCUCACACGCAUCCGGCUCAACCGCGAUACGUCCCGCCUAAUUCGUCCCCGCCUUAUCCAUACCCUGAGAAUAGGGGGUAUAGUGAUGUGAGGGGGUCAUAUGACGGUGCGAGGUAUGGGGAGGGUGCUUCGAGGACGGCGCCGCCUGCUGCUGGUUCGACGGCUUCGACGACUACGAGUACGUAUCCGGAUGCGCCACCUCCUGCACCUGCGCGAAAUCCGUAUCCGCCGUCUGGGUCUGGGUCUGGGUCUGGAUCAGGGUCAGGGUCAGGGGCGGGAUCUGGCAAUCCGUACCCCGCACCACCGCCAUCGCAGACACAACCAUACUCUGAUUCCGUACGUUCCUAUCCACCCUCGUCUGAUACCAAACAUGGUGUUCAAGGGCCCUACCCCGAUGCACGCCCCUAUCCCGUGCAAGGCAGCAUAGGAGGGAGCAGUGGGUCGUACCCCUAUGCGUACCCGACGCCAGUGGAGGAAGAGUCGAUGUGGGGAGCAUCGUUAAGCCAAGCAGAGUGGGCGCGGUUUCUAGAUGUCAUGCAGCGGCCUCCAGGGGAGAGGGGAUGAGACUUUGCUUGACACAUCCUCGCUGCUCUUGGCACUAAACACUCCUACGACACCGCGACGACAAUGUGUACGUUUUUUCUUUUUCUUUUUCUUUUUUCUCGGUUUUUGGAUCUAGAUACCUAUACCUCUACCUGGCAUUUUUGCAUCGCACUGUUUUAGCUAUCCGAGUCGAAUCGACGCUGCA